GCGCUACAGGGAAGGCGUGGACUCCCCGCGGUCUUGCACGCGCACUUUCUGCUCAGGGAGAAGAGGCAAGCUCAGGACCAGCUUUCGUGUCCACAUCUGGACCGCCCUAGCCAGCGGCGGAAUCCCACCAGGCAAAUGAAUUCUAGGGGUGGCCCCCCGCGCCUCCGCCCGCAGCUGCUUUUGCCUUAUAAGGCGGGGCCGGGCGGCGCCGGGGGAGUGGCUGUGGCCACCCCUGUCCCUCCCGGCCCCGGCCAGCUGCUGGGACCCGCUACCCAGCGCUGAGCAACGCAGCCGCAGCGGAGCCGAGGAGCACACACAGCAGGCCAUGGGCAAAUCAGCUUCCAAACAGUUUAAUAACGAGGUCCUGAAGGCCCACAAUGAGUACCGGGCUCAGCACGGCGUCCCGCCCCUGAAGCUUUGCAAGAAGCUCAACCGGGAGGCUCAACAGUAUUCGGAGGCCCUGGCCAGCACAAGAAUUCUCAAGCACAGUCCAGAGUCCAGCCGUGGGCAGUGUGGAGAGAACCUUGCGUGGGCAUCCUAUGAUCAGACAGGAAAGGAUGUGGCUGAUAGGUGGUACAGUGAAAUCAAGAGCUACAACUUCCAGCGGCCUGGCUUCACCUCCGGGACUGGACACUUCACAGCCAUGGUAUGGAAGAACACCAAGAAGAUAGGCGUGGGGAAGGCAUCUGCGAGUGACGGGUCCUCCUUUGUGGUGGCCAGAUACUUUCCAGCGGGGAAUAUCGUCAACCAGGGCUUCUUUGAAGAGAAUGUCCCACCUCCAAAGAAGUAACUCACACCACCAAAUGUAAUGAUGGAGACGCAUAUGUGAAGUGCCUAUAGAACCACAAACCGCCCGCGAGUGUCUGGUCCCGUGGGUGUAUGUACUUACAUGUUUACCUGUGAGCAGCAGCACAUGAGCUCCUUCUGAUUAAAGGAGGGGCAUCCAAAAUAUCUAUCCAGAGGGUUAGCCAGACCACAGUUACUGAGAUUGGGUAAGAUUAAUUCUGACAUCUUUUUUUCUGUUUUUAUUUGGAUUGGGGGUUUUUGUUUCUUUGUUUUGUUUAUUUCUUUUUUUUUUCGUUUUUGAUUUUUUUCAAGAUAAGGUUUCUCUGUGUAGCCCUGGCUGUCCUGGAACUCACUCUGUAGACUAGGCUGGCCUCGAACUCAAAAAUCUGCCUGACUCUGCUUCCCAGAGUGCUGGGAUUACAGGCGUGCACCGCCGCCACCACCACCACCACCACCGCCUCCACCCGGCACUUAUUGCUUAUUUCAAGGCAGAGUUUCUUGGUGUAGCCAUGGCUGUCCUGAAAUUUACUCUGCAGAUGAGGACGGCCGGGAACUCACAGAGAUCCACCUGCCUGUGUCUCCCAAAUGUGGGAUUAAAGGCAUGAGCUGCCACUGCCUGGUUUUAUUUUGUUUUUUAGAUUUUUUGUUUUUGGAUUUUGGUUACUUUCUUUCUUCUGUUAUUUUUAAAGCAAAUUUCAUUUGAAACAGUCUUACUUCUAGUAUGCAUCCUUGGGCUUGAGUAUUCUGAAUAUUUGUCAUUCUGAGAAGUGAGGUCCUUCCAUACGCUCUUCCUGCGUUGUAAUCUUUCAGCAGAUAUUGAAGGGAUCAACACGUCCUUUAGAUAUGACAUGAAGCAACUGUGUUAGAAACAUGUGGCCAGCUGCGUUUCACAGGAUCAGUGAGCUCUCUCAUUCUCAGUUGGAAGACAUGAUAUCAUCCUGCAUCCUCCGGGAUUCCCUAAUGGAAUUGCCAAAAAAAAAAAACCAAAUGGAGACGGAAAAAAGAGCCUUACAUCCUUGAAGUUUUUCCAACCUUUAAAGAGCAAACACCACAGCCGCUCUCACACCUCACACGUUUUUGUUUUGUUUUGUUUUGUGUUUUGUUUUUCGAAAGUUUCAAUGCUCACAGCACUACUCUGGCUUCGGGGGGCGGGGCUAGGUCUGGAAUGCAGCCCCGCCCCCUCUCAGCUCGGCGGACUCUCCCACUGCCCGGGCUCUCGGCCAAAGCCCUGGACUAUGAACUCAAUAGAGCAGAGCUGAGGGUGAGCUUCACUUGGGGGUCCUGGAGAAAGCCCCAAAGCCUCUCUCCUUCCCCAGCCCUGCAGGCGGUGACCACCCAGGCCUGUCCGCGGCAGCUGUGGCUUCAGCUGCGCCCUGCCUUCCUCCAGGAAUGUGUGACAAGCCCAAAUGCUCGCGGGAGGAAGAGGCCCAAACAAGGAGAUUAGGAACGCUAAUUUGUUCCUGUGUUUUGCCUCAAACUAUACACAGUUCCCUCUGAAAGAGAUGAUUUAACCAGGUCCACCAGGGAGGGACCAAGCCAGAUGUUCAAUUGCGGAUCCCUGAAAUGGUGGUAUCUCCUCCUGCAAGGAGAUAAAGGGGUGGUUGUCCUAAAGGCAGCAAGGCUGGCUGGUCUUCGUUACACUGUGAACAGUCCCACACUGCGCCACUUGGUUCAUCCAGGGAUAGCGACUAACGAGACAAUAAAAUCCUUUCCUUUUUGUGUAA